GGUGUGUAAUACGUGCGAUAAUCCACUUUGGGAGGAGUCCUUGAACGCACCACGACUGCAGCUAGCCCGUCCGCUAACGUUGCUCCUCGGAUUGACCCUCUCCACUGGGUUAAUUUCGUUUCAUUUGGCGAGCGUCUAGUCAUUACGCACCUUUAUCUUCCUGUUCUAUAUUUGGAGCAUCGAGGAAUGAUGGCUGCGCUUGGAGAGCCUGUGCGGCUGGAGAGAGACAUCAACCGUGCUAUUGAACUGCUGGAUAAACUCCAGAGAACCGGCGAGGUCCCUCCUCAGAAGCUGCAAGCGCUGCAACGGGUCCUACAGAGUGAAUUCUGCAAUGCAGUCCGAGAAGUCUAUGAGCAUGUGUACGAGACUGUGGACAUCAACAGCACUCCUGAGGUCAGAGCCAAUGCAACGGCCAAGGCUACAGUUGCCGCUUUCGCUGCAAGUGAAGGACAUUCCCACCCCCGUGUUGUGGAGCUGCCCAAAACAGAAGAAGGCCUCGGUUUCAAUAUCAUGGGUGGGAAGGAGCAGAACUCACCCAUUUACAUCUCACGGAUAAUCCCAGGAGGCAUUGCCGACCGGCAGGGUGGACUGAAAAGAGGUGAUCAGCUACUGUCAGUGAAUGGAGUGAGCGUGGAAGGUGAGCACCACGAGAAAGCCGUGGAACUCCUGAAAGCAGCGCAAGGCACGGUGAAGCUGGUAGUGAGGUACACACCCAAAGUCCUGGAGGAGAUGGAGUCACGUUUUGAGAAAAUGAGGUCGGCGAAGCGCCGUCAACAGAACAACUAUAACUAGAUAUUUUCCAUGUUGAGUCCCAGAUCCUAUAUCUGUACACAGUCCUCGAGCACUCUGACCAUCUGUUCCGUUCCCUUUCACCAGAGCAAACUUUUCUGAGUUUCGCUCUCGUUGCCACUCACAGAUUCCUUCCUUCCUUCCUACCGUAGCAAUUUUAUUUGGACUUGUUGCUGUGCUGCAACUGAAGAACACUAACCAUUGUGGCUGAGAUGGCUCACAUGUGCAUUAUUGUGAAAUUGACCGUUUGAAUGAUGCUUUUAAAUCACAUCAGUAGCAGAAAUGUUGGACCGAAAAUAUGUUUUCACUUCUUUUCUAAUAGCCGCUGCAAGUGCCUGAGGGCGAACACCAACCAUCCAUAGCUGUGCGUUACUGGAGUGUUCUUCUGACUGGGUUCACAGUCAGUGCACUGAGCUAAUAAAUCUAUGACAAAUUAUUCCAUUUGAAAUGCUCACGUACGUUGAACUAGAGUCUUUGAAUCCCGGGGUUCACUCAGAAACACAGCAAAAUACAAUCAGACAGAAACUCUGAAGUCAGUGUGACAUCAACUUGUUUGGACUGAAGCGAGGAAUGUACUCCAUCUUUGAAGUUGUUUUUUUUUCCUUCAGCAUUCAAGAAUGAGCAAGACCUUCGUUUUUUUUUCGAGUUUUCACUGCUUGCUAAUCCAUUGGCUGUUGACAUAAUAAUGUAUGCUAUGUGCACUCUCUUCACUCUCCAGGGGUUCUUUUAUGGUGUCUGUCAUCUUUUAAUAAUCAUAUUUAUUUCCUUUGUUUCUUCAAACUAUUUGGUUCAGGACUUGUUUUGAUUCUGGUCAUUAUAUUAUGGUAGUCUCUGUUACUGUUGUAUGCGUCUUUAUCAUACUACUAGACACAUAUCAGCAAUGAAAAGCGAACUUGAAAAUCAAUUUAAAAUUUCUUAUUAUAAAAACAAAAACGUUUAGAGCUCAAUUCAACUUCAGUAAACCUUUGAAAAUGCAGCAGUAUCUCUCAGUUCAUACAUACAGAGUCAGUGUUUUUUAGAAGUGAAUAAAUCCUCAAACCUUCCAAUGGAAUGUCAAAACUGUUUUUCACCUCCUCAAUUGCUUACCGCACAAUUGUCACUGCAGCCGAAUGUGUAAAUCUCAACAUCUUACUGUUUCAAUGUUGCAUGAACGUAAGAGCACAAAUAGCACUAGCCUGUCAUUAAUUGCAUCUUGAUCAUCUAUGCAAGUUUUCUUUCAAACUAAAAACAACGGUCACUUACUGCAGAAUGUAAACCAUCGAAUAUGUUAACACAAUACGAAGUGAUCUGGUUGAAGUUGUUCAAAUCCAAAGUUCCAUAUUUUAUAUUGACUUACUUGAAGCGGAAAACUGGUGGCUCGCAUGGCGGAUGUUUAUUAGUUCAGAGGUCGGCACUAGUCUCAUUUAACACGCAACACAAGCCACACUUUGGAAUGUGACGCGACUUUUUGCUGUCAACUUUUCUUGGGUAGACCUUUUACCCUGGAAGCAUUUUCAAUAAAUUCCUUAAAAUGCAAGGCUACAAUUGGCAUUGCAUUGAAAGCAAGAGCAGCAAUAAAAACAUGUAGUUUUAUAACGGUGUUUGAGGAUUUCCCAAGGAGCUCAUGGUCUUUAAAACCAAUUAAUAUUCAUUUAAAUCUGUAUUUAUGUGGAAAAACUGAGAUUUUAACAUUAGCAAAAGCCAUAGUGUAGCCUAGUGAAAGCCCACAUUAUUUUCUACUAUAUUUGACAUGUAUCAAUGUUUUGAUUGACAAAAGUGGGCUCCAUUUUUUAAAAAAUGUACGGAGAUUUGUUUGUCAAUGUGUCCCACUUCUAAAUGAAUGUCUUCUCUCAUUUGACAUGUUCAGCUCACUCACAGCGACAUCAACUGUACACCACUCCACUGAAUGUCAAAGAUGGUGUCGUGAAAUUUUCCAAGCACCCUUCGAUUUUUCUAUCCAUUUUCUUGUCGAUAUAUGCGAGUGAUCAAUAUUGUAUUUUUUUAUAAUGGUUUAAUUUGAUAUUUUCUAAGUAAUUUUCCUAAAAAAAAAAAGAAGAAAGCAAAAUUCCAAGAGUUCGUCUCUCAGUGAAGACGGCGCUGACAUAUCAUGCCAGGUCCACGCUCAUUGCUGACCUUUUGAACAGACAUCUUUUCCAAGCCGAUUUUUGAUAAUGUCAGAGAAACUCGCUUGCCAGUGUCAGCUGGUUUAGGAUUAAGCCUGAGUAGCCUGUGUUGUAUUAUAUUCUUUGUUGUUUAGUUUGUGGUUUUGUUUUUAUUGAUGUGGAAUGUCAAAUGUUGUAGAAGUGAAACAAGUAGAGGCAAAUAAAUAAACACAA